GUCAAACUCCACUAGAUCUGGCCACAGCUGACGACGUAAAGUGUCUUCUCGCAGACGCAAUGCCCUCCGCUAUCGGGGCUCCUGUCUGUUUACCUCUUCCGCCUCUCCAGCAUUCACAAGUCUGCCAUCUCCAAGCAGCAAUGCCCACAGACGGCCCACGCAUAGAGGGUCAGGGUAGGGCUGAAGAGGAAGAGCAGCAAUUGCAACAGCAACAGCAACCACAGCAGCAAACAGCAUCAUCGUCGGCGUCCAACGUGUCCACACCACCACUCACUACCACUAGCUUCCUCACUUCCCUUGGUCUUGACCAUCUUGUCAAACUAUUCGAGAAGGAGCAGAUCACUCUGGACAUCUUAGUAGACCUUGGUCAUGAAGAAUUAAAGGAAUUGGGUGUGGUAAUCUAUGGCCAACGUCACAAAAUAAUAAAGGGGAUUGGGAGAUACCGAUCGGUGAUUGCAGCCUCCACAGCCUCUGCUUCUCCUGCCAACGCCAUUUCAACAUCGUCAAUUGCGUCAAUGGAAGAUCUCUCCACGCGCAUAGUUGGUGGUGGCCACUUCAGAGGUGUUGGGGUGCAUGAACCCAUACCUCCCGGUUCGGACUUCUUUCCUGCCGCAGCUGCUACAGAAACGGUGUUUGUGGACGUGCCGAGAGACUCAAACGAAUUCAGGGAUGUGGAAGAACAGCUUCAAAGCAGCAUUCGGCAGCACAAAGACAACUGUGGUGGUGUGUUCCAGAGCCUACACGUCCUGGAAAUUACUCGCAUUCGUAACCGUCGGAUGUGGGAGCGGUAUGUGCAUCGGUGUGCUGAGAUAGCCGAGGAUUGUGGAGGUAGCAACAGCAGCAGCAGCAGCAGCGGCAGCACCAAUGGGGGUAAAAGCAGGACUAAUGGUGUCGGCCACUAUAACGAGCGCUUCCUCUUCCACGGUUCGCCAUUCCUCCACUCCAUUGUCACUCGUGGGUUUGACGAACGUCACGCCUACAUCGGUGGUAUGUUUGGCGCGGGCAUUUACUUUGCAGAGAACUCCUCCAAGUCCAAUCAAUACGUCUAUGGAAUUGGAGGGGGCACAGGCUGUCCUAGCCAUCGUUCUCGAUCCUGCUACAUUUGUCCGCGUCAGAUGCUUCUGUGUCGCGUCGCUUUAGGUCGUUCUUUCAUCCAAUUCAACGCCAUGAAGGUGGCUCACGCACCCCCUGGACAUCAUUCAGUGGUUGGAUUGCCCUCAGCAGGCGGCCUGAAUUUCGCUGAGUAUGUAAUUUAUCGAGGAGAACAGGCGUAUCCGGAGUAUAGGAUUACAUAUCUCCUUGUCCCACCCGAUGGCACAUCCGCAACUGCUAGCGCCAGUGGAAACAAUAAGCCUGCUCCUGGUGCACCAGGAAACACUGGUUGA